UACACCCAUACUGCUCCCAACUCCACCUCCUCCAACCUCUCUCUCACCUCCCUUCGCUCCGAGCAGCGACCCUGCAGCCAUGUCGGCGGCCGCCCCCGACUGGCUGAACAAAGGGGACAACUCAUGGCAGCUCAUCUGCGCCACCCUGGUGGGCCUCCAGAGCAUCCCGGGCCUCGUAAUCCUCUACGGCAGCAUCGUCAAGAAGAAAUGGGCCGUGAAUUCCGCCUUCAUGGCCCUCUACGCCUUCGCCGCCGUCUGGAUCUGCUGGGUCUCCUGGGCCUACAACAUGUCCUUCGGCGACCAGCUCUUCCCCAUCUGGGGUAAAGCCAAGCCCGCCCUCGGCCAGAAGUUCCUCAUCAAACAAGCCCAGCUCCCGGCGACCGAGCACGACUACCACAACGGAACCGUCGAGACCCCCAUGGCCUCGCCCUUCUUUCCCAUGGCCUCCAUGGUCUACUUCCACUGCGUCUUCGCCGCCAUCUCCGUCAUCCUCCUCGGCGGCUCCCUCCUCGCCCGUAUGAACAUCUUGGCUUGGAUGGCCUUCGUUCCCUUGUGGUUGACCUUCAGCUACACCGUCGGCGCCUUCUCCCUCUGGGGCGGCGGCUUCCUCUUCCAGUGGGGUGUCAUGGACUACGCCGGCGGCUACGUCAUCCACGUCUCCGCCGGGUUCGCUGGACUCACUGCCGCCUACUGGGUUGGGCCGAGGGCGGCGAAGGACAGAGAGAGGUUCCCGCCGAACAAUGUGCUGCUGACGCUGACCGGAGCGGGGCUGCUGUGGAUGGGGUGGACGGGGUUCAACGGCGGGGACCCCUUCGCGGCCAACGCCGUGGCGUCGAUGGCGGUGUUGAACACCCACAUCUGCACUGCGAUGAGCAUCCUUGUGUGGACGUGCCUCGACGUGAUAUUCUUCGGGAAGCCUUCGGUGAUCGGAGCGGUGCAAGGCAUGAUCACUGGUCUUGUUUGCAUUACCCCUGCUGCAGGUAAUAAAAUGAAACAUUUCAGCUCAUCAUAGAUGCAUACAUACAUACAUACAUACAUAUUUAUAUGUAUGUAUGUAUAGAGAGAG